AGCACAGUUUGUCUUCCGUUGCUCUAGAUGUCGCCACGGCUCUCAUCUAAAGGGAUAUCCUCGUUCAUCUCGUUCUAUUCUUGUGCGCGCUCAUUUCCGUCCACCUUACCACCAACCAGAGGGAUUUGUCUUAGCGCUUCCCGUCCAUCCGUUAGGAAGCCCUCCACAACUCUCUCGCACAAGCGUCGUUUUCAUGCCUCUUCACCAUCAUAUGCCUCGAAGGACCCGUACGAGGUCCUUGGUGUGAAAAAGGAUGCGCCUGCUGCUGACAUCAAGAAGACAUACUUCUCGCUAGCACGCAAGUAUCACCCUGACACCAACCCGGACAAGGAUGCAAAAGCAAAGUUCGUUGAAAUCCAAGAGGCUUAUGACACAUUGAAGGACGAAAAGAAACGGGCUGCCUAUGACCAGUACGGUGCUGCCUCCCAGCAACCCGGGUUCGAUCCCAACGCGUUCGCCAGGAAUCCUUUCGCAGGUGGUGCAGGCGGGUUCAGCGGGUUCCACGACUUUGGUAGUGCAUUCAGCGGGGGAGGUCAAGCCAAUUCGGACCUAUUCGAUCAGCUCUUUGGCGCGUUUGGAGGUCGCCCUCGAGGAGGCCGUUCUCCUUUUGCCGAAAACUCGCGUGGGGACAAUAUCGAGACGGUCGUGGGCGUCUCCUUCCUGGAGGCAGCAAAAGGCGCAACAAGGAACGUUACCAUCACACCGGUGAUUAACUGUUCAACUUGCUCCGGCAACGGCAUGAAGGCGGGGGCGAAACGAACUACAUGUCCAUCCUGCCAUGGUUCUGGUACUCGGACAUUCGUCAUUGACAGUGGCUUCCAAAUGGCUAGUACAUGUACGACGUGUCAGGGUGUUGGCUCCACUAUCCCUCGUGGCAGUCAGUGUGGAACAUGCGACGGUGUGGGGAAGGUUCAGACACGGAAAACCGUAAAGGUGGACAUACCUCCCGGCGUGGAGGAUGGUAUGACUCUUCGGAUACCGAACGCAGGUGAUGCGCCACUGUCAGGAAAGGGCAGUCCCGGCGAUCUACUCGUUCGGGUCAACGUCGCUUCUUCAAAGGUUUUCCGCCGUCAGGGUUCGAAUCUCUAUCACGAGGCUCGGAUACCUUUGCAUACCGCUCUGUUGGGCGGGAGAGUACGUGUUCCCACUCUUGAAGGUGACGUCGAUGUUCGGGUGCCAGGCGGAACUCAGCAUGGAGAGGAGAUGGUGCUGAAGGAUCGGGGGAUGUCGUCGCUCAUGGGUCGCUCGACGGGUGAUCUGUUUGUCACGUUUGCGGUUCAGCUGCCUAGGUCGCUCACUCCACGCCAGCGAGAGAUAUUGCAACAGUACGCUGAUGAUGUCGAGGGUCGACAACCAACCGACACGUCACGACCUACGCAAAACACAAGUGGUUCUUCGAACGGUCCAUCGUCUACCGAUAGCGGACGUUCUAGUACGGCGGCCAAUGAUAACGGUAGGAGAUCUUUUACACCCCCGCCCUCGAGUAAAGGCUGGUGGUCUCGUGCAAGGGAAAGAAUCCGAGAGCUUACUGGAUUUUGAUUGUCGCAUAAUUUUUCUGCGGUUCCCAUCCGUCGUCUUGACGUACUUCACCGACGUUCCGCGCAUUAGACGAAGUUCUUCCAGAGCCUGGUUCUGAGGCGUCGGAGUCUGAUCGAGGAGAGCAAGAGGAGAAGAAGAAAAAAAGGGCGACGGCGUAGACCUUGGGGGUAGUUUCCCUAGAUUAGUUUAGUGCUUGAUGCUAUAAUGUCCAUCCUCGUUCUGACGAUACUCUAGCCGGCAGAAAAAAGGCAUGGAUUAACUGAG